AUGUCCUCGACCACGCCGGCGGAGCUGGCUGCUGCCAUCCGCAAGUGUAUCGACUCCCCGGAGAUCCGGCAGAAGGCUGCGACCGUUGCAAAGGACAUGGCCAAGGAGAACGGUGCCGCUGCUUUUGUACAGCAGAUCGACCGCUUCAUGGAGGAGUAUGUGGACACAGGCCGCUACCUCAAGGAGCGCGAUGAGCUGCGCAAGGAGAUCAAGGACAACAGUUGGAAGAACAUGGCUCUGAAUUUCCUGGCUCGCUUCAACUGUUGCUGUGAGAGGGAGCAGAGCAUUAGAUGA